UUCCAGGGAGGCGGGGCGGAGACGGCGGGCUCCGAGGCCCGGGCCGCAGCUCGGGAUCGUGCGGCUCGGGCGGUACCUCCCUGCGGCGGCCCGCCGGCUCGGCCCUGCCGGGGCGAUGCUCCGCGAGGCUGCGGGAUGAGCCAGUGACACGGCUGGCCCGGGCAUGGCGGACCCAGUGGUGGGCAUCGCAGGCUCGGCAGCCAAGAGCGUGCGCCCCUUCCGCUCAAGCGAGGCCUACGUGGAGGCCAUGAAGGAGGACCUGGCCGAAUGGCUCAACGCCCUGUACGGCCUGGGUCUGCCAGGUGGUGGCGACAGCUUCCUGACAGGCCUGGCCACAGGCACCACCCUGUGCCAACAUGCCAACGCUGUCACUGAGGCUGCCCGAGCGUUAGCCGCCACCCGCCCGGCCCGUGGUGUGGCCUUCCAGGCACACAGCGUGGCGCCCGGCUCCUUCAUGGCCCGCGACAACGUGGCCACCUUCAUUGGCUGGUGCCGCACGGAGCUGGGUGUUCCCGAAGUGCUCAUGUUUGAGACUGAGGACUUGGUGCUGCGAAAGAAUGAGAAAAGCGUGGUGCUGUGCUUGCUGGAAGUGGCACGGCGCGGAGCCCGCCUCGGCCUGCUCGCCCCUCGCCUCGUGCAGUUCGAACAGGAGAUCGAGCAGGAGCUGCGCGCCGCGCCCCGGGCCGCCACCGCCCCCGCCGGUGAGGAGGACGCCACUGAAACCGCAGUUGCUCCUGGAGCCCCCGCCCGUGGGCCCCGCAUGACGCCUAGCGAUCUGCGCAACCUGGAUGAGCUGGUGAGGGAAAUCUUGGGCCACUGCACCUGCCCAGACCAGUUUCCCAUGAUCAAGGUCUCAGAGGGGAAGUACCGCGUGGGAGACUCCAGCCUGCUCAUCUUUGUGCGAGUGCUGAGGAGCCACGUGAUGGUGCGUGUGGGCGGCGGCUGGGACACGCUGGAGCGUUACCUGGACAAGCACGACCCCUGCCGCUGCCCGUCGUCUGCCCACCGCCCACCGCAGCCGAGGGCCUGCACCUUCUCCGCACAGAGGGUGUCACCCACCCCCAGCCCUCGCGCGGGCAGCCCAGUCCCGGGGGGUGAGCGCCGGGGCUCCCGGCCCGAGGUGACGGCCGCUGGCUCACGCAGCUCAAAGGAGGGGACUGAGGCCCCACUCAGGGCCCGAGACCAGCUGCCCCCCAAUCCCCGCUCCCGCCGCUACUCUGGGGACAGCGAUUCCUCGGCCUCCUCAGCCCAGAGCGGCCCCCUGGGUGCCCUCAGUGAGGACGCAGGCCCUGGCCCCCGGAGGGAGCGGCCCGGCCGGCGGCUGACCACGGGCACCCCUGCCUCCCCAAGGCGGCCCCCCGCCCCACGCAGCCAGUCCCGAGACCGGCUGGAUCGGGGACGGCCCCAUGGGGCCCCAGGAGGCAGGGGAGCCCAGCUGUCGGCCCCCAGCCGGCGGGCCCGCAGCCAGAACCGGGAGGAGCAGGUUGUGCUGCUUGUGCGUAGGGACCGAGAUGGGCAGCACUCGUGGGUGCCCCAGGGCAGGGGCGGCGGGGGCUCGGCCAGGAGCAGCCCCCAGACUCCCCGUGCCCGAAGCCCUGCAGCCCCCCGGCCUCCGCGGGUCUCCAGCCCCAGUCCAGAGGUGGGCACCACGCCAGCCAGCGUUUUCCGCACCCCGCUGCAGCUUGACCCGAAGCAGGAGCAGCAACUGAUCCGACGCCUAGAGGAGGAAUUUCUGGCCAAUGCCCGAGCCCUUGAGGCUGCUGCUAGUGGGACCCCCACUGGACCAGCCCCUGACCCGGCUCAGGCCCCAGACCCUCCAGCUCCUGAUUCAGCCUACUGUUCCUCCAGCUCCUCCUCUUCAUCCCUCAGUGUCCUGGGUGGCAAGUGUGGCCAACCUGGGGACUCGGGCAGGAUGGCCAAUGGGCUGGCCAGGCCUCGAGGCCCAGCCCUAUCUAGCUCUUCUGAUGAAGGCAGCCCCUGCCCUGGUGUGGGGGCCCCACCAGAUGUACCUGGGUGCCCCCUGGCUGGCCCAGAGCCCCCAAGGACCUGGGCACGUGGCCGGAUGGACUCGCAGCCGGACCGAAAACCCUCACGCAUCCCCACCCCACGGGGCCCUCGCCGCCCAUCUGGACCCACAGAGCCUGGAGCCUGGCACAGCCUGCACUCCGUCAGUCCAAGAGCUGAGCCUCAUUCCUGGAUGUGAUGGACCAGCCCAGAUGCCCCCAGGCCCCCAUUCCUUCUCCUCCUUUGUGGCCUUAACCCCUCUGCAUCAGGGAGCCCCCCAACCCCCUGCCUCUUGGGUACCAGACCUCAUGGGACCAGACCCCUUGGGACCACAUGGCACAAUGGGACCUCUGUUGUACAUUCCGGUUGGGGGAUGAGCAUUGCUAUUUAAUUACUAAUGUUAUUGACUGCCUUAGAGGAGGCUGGGCCAGCCCAGUGAGGACCGUUGCUGAGGUCCUGUGGCCCUGUUGAGCCUGACAAUAAAGUAUUGUUCCAGCCA